AUGCCUCCAAAUUCCUCAAAACGAACAUACGAUAAUUUCUCGAUGCCCAAUGGCAACGAAGCACCUUCCUACCCCUCACCUAGCAAGAAAUCGCGCGUCACCAGUGAUUCAGAUUCCACUCCUCUCUGGGAGAUGAUCACAGGCCUCCAACCAUUGGAACUCUCAACAAUCCUCUACAACAUCUGCUCCGAAGAUCCUUCGCGCGCUGAUCUCGUGCGAUCCGCAUACGCUGCUCGCCUGGUUGAAGAGCGUAGACGUCCUCCUGUCAACUUUGACUAUAUCUCGAAAGACUGCUGGCACACGCUCAAUAUGAAAUACAAACGGCUAUCUGCCUCAAAACAAUGCGAUAUGAUGGGUGAUAUUGGGGCUGUGUUGAGGAAGAGUAUCAAAUCUGUUUCGGAGAAGGCUGGACCCGAGACUAGGUGGGAGACGCGACGGAAUGCGCUUGAGGUGUUGCGGAAGAUAUCGAAGAGUAUUAUGCUUUGCGAUGAACGCCAGAUUAGGCAUGAGUUGAUGAAGGACGGUUGUACGCUGGCGUCGUUUGCGGACGCUAUGUUGGAGUUGGCGCAAGGGAUGAGUUCGGAGGAGAGGGAAAGGUAUAAAGACGAGGGGCUUUACGAGAAGUUGGUGGAGUUGCAGACGGAAUGCGAAGAAUGGAGUAUCAAUAUGCCAGGACUCGAAGAUAUUUAUGGGGUGUUUGAUGAGGACUCGGAGGGAGAUGACGAGGAAGAAGAUGAGGAAUGUCAAGUCACAAGUGGUUCAUACAGACCAGCACAACCACUUCCAAAGCCAGCAUCACCGCCUAAGCGAAGUCACGUAUUCAGCGUCAUUGAACUUGACUGA